CGCGGCCACUUGACACGCAGCCUUUUGCCUGUGAUGAUGACGUCAGAGUCCUUUGCUGGAGUGAAGAUGGCUGACUCAGAGCUGAACGUCGAUAGCCUCAUUCAGCGGCUUCUGGAAGAAUGCUGCUUAAUUUUAUGUUUGUGCACAGUCCGAGGAUGCCGUCCAGGGAAGACAGUGCAGAUGACAGAGGCAGAGGUAAGAGGACUCUGCCUCAAGUCAAGGGAAAUCUUCUUACAGCAGCCAAUUCUGUUGGAGUUGGAAGCCCCUCUGAAAAUAUGUGGUGACAUUCACGGCCAGUACACGGACUUGCUUCGACUUUUUGAGUAUGGAGGUUUCCCCCCUGAGGCAAAUUAUCUUUUCCUUGGUGAUUAUGUGGAUCGGGGGAAGCAGUCACUGGAAACCAUCUGUCUGCUCUUGGCUUAUAAGAUCAAGUAUCCAGAGAAUUUUUUUCUCCUUAGAGGUAACCACGAAUGUGCCAGCAUCAACAGGAUAUAUGGUUUUUACGAUGAAUGCAAGAGAAGGUACAACAUUAAGCUCUGGAAGACAUUCACAGACUGUUUCAACUGUCUCCCGAUUGCAGCCAUCAUAGAUGAGAAGAUCUUCUGCUGCCACGGAGGGCUCAGCCCUGAUCUCCAGUCCAUGGAGCAAAUCCGUCGUAUCAUGAGGCCCACUGAUGUUCCUGAUACAGGCCUUUUGUGUGAUCUCCUCUGGUCGGACCCUGACAAAGAUGUCCAAGGGUGGGGAGAGAAUGAUAGAGGAGUGUCCUUCACAUUUGGCGCUGAUGUGGUGAGCAAGUUCCUCAAUAGACAUGAUCUAGAUCUCAUCUGCCGAGCCCAUCAGGUGCGUCUCACCUCCUCAUUCAGCUUCAUGCUUUCUCCUGAUUUCAAUGAGAUUUGUAUUCACAUGGUCUGAUCUUCAUAGGUGGUUGAAGAUGGAUAUGAGUUCUUUGCCAAGCGUCAGUUGGUCACGCUCUUCUCUGCUCCGAAUUAUUGCGGAGAGUUUGACAAUGCUGGAGGCAUGAUGUCUGUUGAUGAGACUCUCAUGUGCUCCUUCCAAAUCUUGAAGCCAUCAGAGAAGAAAGCCAAAUAUCAAUACAGUGGGAUGAUGAGUGGGGGAAGGCCAGUGACCCCCCCACGUGCUCCAUCUGUCCCAACUAAGAGAAAGCAAUGAUGUGCAGCUAUAAGGCUGAAAAGCAUGGAAGGAAUCCUGGAGAGACGUAUGAUCAUCUGUUUAUCACCUCAUUCAUCAAGCAACCAUCAGACGAACUUCUUUUCAUCCUUUCUCCUGUAUCUGUCCCUAUCUCUCCUUGGUUCCAUCAAACGUCCAUCUCAUGACAUCUCUCAUCAUUCUGUCGGUCCAACGCAUUCUUAUCCCGCCUCCAUAGUUUUUGUUUUUCCAGUGAUGGCAUUUUCAGUGUGAUUCACUGAAAGUGGACACAGGAAGUGGCGAGUGAAUGAUGCAGUGUAAAAACCAUUUUGUUUUUUCUUUUUUUUUCUUCCUGGUGAUGAUUUAAUUCGGAUUUCUCAGCUGUGAUCCCCCAGCGUCCCUGGUGGAAAAUCAGAUGGGGGCCAAACUUGGGAGAAAACUAAAGAAGAAAGAAGCAAGGUGAGAAGAAGAAUUAGAAACUGAAGAAUGCAUCAUGUUCAUGAAUGAGGUGUGUGGCCUUGUGUAUGGUUGCUUCAUUCCUUCUUUUUUUUUUUGGUAAAUAAAAUCGGGACUUUAUCUUCA